GACUGUUGAGAUUCGGUUUUGUUUCAUGUGUGCGUCUGUCUUGGUUUGCAGUACUGAGUAAAGUCGAGUAGGUUCUUUCGAUAUAACUUUCGGGGAUCGAUCAACGUAGACACGAUCGCAUGAGAAUUUACAUACGAAUGAGAUGUUUUAGCCGACGGUGCGGGUGCAAUGCGUGGUCCAUCUGUACGUACUCGUAGCACCACAGAUGGAGUCUACAGGUUAUCAGCUGACGACGAGUUUUAUCUGCAGUUUUGGAGCAAAAGCUACGCCCUUCUUGGGGAAAUGGGCCGGCCCCGAAAGAGUGCCUGGUUUAAACCCAAAUCUUCAUGGGCUAGCGAGGCCAGUGAGGCCCAACAGAUAAUUCUAUCCCCAGAGGGGAGCAUUUUACAGUGAAGCUGGAAAAUCUCCAACCCCGGCAGGUCCAAAACCCCAAGCCCCAGUCAGCCAUGCCGACCGGUGUGGCCACGACGCUCCCCUACCCGAAACCCCCGCAAUCCCCUCGUCUCCUCCACCGCAGCCGCCACUACUCCGGCCUCCGCCUGCUCCUCGCCACCGCCUCCCCCUUCUCCCCACCUCUCGCCUGCUCCAGGCGCAAGCCCAAUUCCACCAUCCAUGCCUCCUCCGACCCCGCCCCCUCCUCCUCCUCAUCCUUCCCCUCCUCCCCGACCCCGCCUCCGCGCCCGCCCCCUACGGAACCCCCAUCCACCAUAGCCCACGCUGGCCGCAGCAAGAAGAACAAGAACACCUCUGGCGGCCGCAUCGAGGGCAGCGGCGACGUGCGGCGCGAGGCCAAGUCCCGUGCCAAGCGCCGCAGCCGCCGCCUCGGAGAGAACGCCUUCUACCGCCGCAAGCGCCAGGCCGCCGCGGGCCAGGCCGACGUCUUCACCGACGAGGAGCUGGAGAUGAUUGGCCUAGGCUAUGACCGCUCCGUCCGCUUCAUGGACGGGCCCGACGACCCGCGCCUCCGCCACCCGCACGACUGGUACAGGUUCGGCCAGUACGGGCCCUACUCCUGGCGCGGCAUCGUCGUGGGGCCGCCCAUCCGCGGCCGCUUCUCCGACGACCGGGUCUCCCUCAUGUCCGAGGUCGUCGACCACGACGACUGGGACCGCCACCAUCAGUUCGAAAUGUCCAACCAGUUCUCCAACCGCCUCAAUGAGCUCGACGCCACCGUCGGCUUCAGGUACUUCUGGGUCUUCGUGCGGCACCCGAGCUGGCGGCCCAACGAACUACCAUGGCAGCAGUGGACGCUCUCUGCCGAGGUCGCCGUCCAAGCCAGCAAAGACGAACGGCUGGAUAAGUGGAGCCUCAUGGGCAGGUUUGGCAACCCGACACGCGAGCUGAUCACGCGCUGUGCAGCCUGGACACGCCCGGACAUCCUAUACGUCAAACGGCCGCUCUAUCAGUCGAGGUUUGAGCCACAGGAGGAAUUCUUUAGCCGGCUCCGCCCGUUGGUUGAUCCCUCGACGGAGAACCAGUUCCUCUUCGACCUUGAGCAGGAUGGCAGGGUCAUUCAAACUACCUACUUUGGUGGCCUCUGCAGGAUUGUGAAGGCAAACCCAAAGUCUUAUGUGGAUGACGUUGUGAAUGCAUUCUCAAAGCUGAGUGAUGCGGACAAGUCGCGAUGUCUGGAGUUCCUACUCACAAACCAUCCCACGGAGCUUCUCCAUCCAUACACCAAGGAGUGGAAAGUAAAGUUAGAGGAGAUGGAGCUUGGGUGUGAUGCACCUGAUGAGAGCGACGAUGAGGGUGGUGACGAUAUUGGAGAUGAGGUUAUUGACUGGGUUGAGGAUGACGAGGUUGAUGUGAUUGAUGAUAUUGAGGAUGAUGUAGACAACAAUUAUGAGGCUGAGGAAGUGGCUGAUGUCAGUGAAGAGGUGGAAGCAGAUGAAAUAAUAGAAAACAGCGAGGAGAAUGAGGAGUACUGGGAUGAGCAAUGGAAGAAGGCGAUGAAAAGUUCUGAUAGAAUGGAGAAGCUGGUCAAGACUAGGUUCGAGGAAUCAUCUGAGUACGAAAAGCAGCAAAUGCAACAGCAGAAAGAGAUGGAAUCGGAAGUGGGCACCUCUAACACAAUGCUUAUGGAACAGGAGCAGACUGAGGAGUAUGAGGUGAAGCAGUUCCAGCUGGACAGUGCAAGGGGCAGAAGCGGGAAGCACAGAGUGAAGGGCGAGGCGCAUCUGAGGGCUGCCGUCCGGCCAUUCACUUAUAGGAAUCUUGUCAAGGAAAUUGUUCUGAUGAGACACCAAAUUAUUGAAGGAGAGAUCGUUUAGUUUUGAAAUGUUUGCCACUGGAGAAAUGCAGAGACAGCAGAAACAAGUUUCUGAAGAGGGCUCUUGUUUAUGUACAAUAUCUAGCCAUAUUGAGGGGAUGUUGGUUUUUUUUUUUCUUGCAGUUGUGAUCUGAGGGGAUACUUAAAUCAUGUACCUGCAAAAGUUUUUAAUGAAUGUCUAGAUUUGAAGCUAUGAUAUGAUAUUUCUGAUA